AUGCAGGCAGAGCAGGCACGAGGCGGUGCACCAUCAGAUGAGGAUGAUGAGGCCCGUCGCAUGCGGCGCUGUUUGGCCUUGUGCCGAGUGGGUGAGCUCAGUAGAGCAGCUCGUGUCCUGGAUCCAGCACAUAUGGCCCCCGACUCGGAGGCCACAUUGCAGGUCCUUAGAGAUCUGCAUCCUGAGGCCCCCUCGGUUCUGCCUGACUGGCUCCCUGAUUUCCACCCAGAUGACGCUUUCCAGUUGGAUCCCGACGCAGUGCGCCGUGCUUUGGAGGGAGCCUCGCGUCUAUUGGCAGGAGGGCUUUCGGGGAUGAUUUACGAGUUGUAUCGUGAUAUUCUGCUCGAGCACCCCGCCACUUUCCUGCCAUUCUUUGCAGUCUGCAGCCAUAUGGCACGUGGAGAGGUGCCCCCACGAGCUCAGGCAGCUCUCAGCUCGUGUCGUCUCCUGGCGUUAGCCAAGGCGGUCCCUGAUGGUCCUGAUGGCGUGCGGCCCAUUGCCAUUGCAGAGGUUUUCCAGCGCCUUGUCUCUCGAUCCAUUGCCUUGCAGAUGCGAGAUGCCUUUCAGCAGUUCUUUUCCCCCCUACAGUUUGCAGUUUCCACCCCUGGAGGCUGCGAGUCCAUUAUCGCAGGGAUCAGGGCGCUGCUGGACGCAGACCCGGAGUUGCUGGUCAUGCAGGUGGAUCUGGCCAACGCGUUCAACGAGGUUGACCGGACGGCCAUCUUUGAGGAGCUCAGGGCCCACUUCCCCGCGCUGAUCCCCUUCACCCUGACCACCGAUGUGGAUACUGGAGGGCUGCCUUUCCAGGCCGCUUUGCGCGCCGCUAGGGACGUCCUGCCCGCCUCAGCCCGACAGCUGCUACCACCCUUCCACCAGCUUGGGCUUCAGGCGGUUCCGGACGUUCAGGAGCGGCUCAUGAGGGCGAUUGAGAUGGAAAGAGCGGAGGCUCUGAGGGAGAGCUUGGGGGAUUCGGCUGGUCGGGCGCGCCUUCUUUCACAGACGGCACCUGGAGCGGGGGCAUUCCUCACGGCCGUGCCUCUCAUGCAGUCGCUCAGGUUUACUCACGAGUGCUUCCGGACGGCGCUGCGCACACGGCUAGGGCUUCUCCAUCCGGCCAUUGCGGGGGUUCGGAGGUGCGAGUGUGGGGAGGAGCUGCAGGAGGGGGUUCUAGCGGGGCAGCAUCUCAUGCGCUGCGGGCGGGGUGGAGAGCGGACCCUCACCCACGACGGCAUCCGGGAUGUCGUGUUUGUCAUUCUUCGGGAGGCGGGGCUCAGUGUGAGGAGAGAGGCGAGGGGCAUCUUUCCUUUGAGGGGCGAUGAGACGGAGGGGAGGGUGAUGGAUCUAGUUGCUGCAAAUCCGCGGGGGGGGCCGCGGUUGCUUGUGGACGUGACGGUGGCAGAUCCACUGCAGGCGCCCGUCACGGCAGCGGCAGUCGAGAGGGGGCACGCUGCACGAGCUGCAGAGGCCGUCAAGACGGCCAAGUACUCCGACCACUCGCCUGAUGACUCCCUCAUUCCGGCGGCGAUCGAGACCUUUGGUUGCCUUGGUGGCCAGUUCGAUAGCCUCCUUUGUAUGUGUGCACAGCGCGCGGCGGCCCUGAGAGUCGGUGAUGAGAGC